AUGAGUCGUAAAACUGAUAUGCUUAAUGCUUCAUCACAGACCGGUUUGUUGCGCUCCUCUGUUCAGCUACCUGUUGGCCAAGAUUGCACCUCGUCUGCUUUGUUAUUCUCUUAUUCAUCAGCGUCAGAUUUCAUCUAUGACUUAAGGAAUCCGCUGACGAGAGAUGAGGGCCGUUCCAAAUUCGAAGAUGUACUUAUAUCCAGAUGGGAAGACGCCAAGAAGCGUAAGCUACUAAACUAUGAUCUAAACUGUAUGUACAAACUGCUGGAGGGUGAUUUCAACUUUUCCGUACAGCUGAAUGUUGAACGUGGAGAAAGGAGACGUAAGCCCAUGCAUUUCCGAGCCGUACGUGAACCGUUUAAUAAUCUGAGAUGGAAUUUUACAAAGCUCAAAGAGAAUGAGAUACUGUUAUAUCUGCAACGCAAAGACCAUUUACCAAGCAGUGAUCCAUUGGACUUCCAUGUUGUUGCAGUUAAUGCUGCACCGCUCGCAAGAGGACAUUCCUUGCUGUUACCAUAUAUGAAUCGCUGCGCACCACAGGUCCUGUCGGAAGUAGCAGUUCGCUUGGCAACCGACACAAUGCUUUUAGCGAGAGACAGUUCCUUUCACGUGCUAUUCAACAGCCUCUUGGCGUUGGCUUCCAUUAAUCAUCUGCAUCUUCAUCUUUUAACCUGGCCAUAUGACUCUGAUUUGACCAAUCGUAGGUGUGAACAUCUAUUCGAUAAUAUAUACAUAGUCAAGCGUCCGACAUGGUUUGCAUAUGCUAUCGUGUUCCAGCUAACUGCCCCAGAGCAGUAUGAAAAGUUCGUUAUAAGUAUAGCACGUUGUGUAGACUAUCUAAGCACUCAUGAAGUAGCGCAUAAUAUAUUUUUCUCGCGUGCACAACCACUAAGAACAUCUGGCGCUAUUCAGUCUGAAGACAGAACAAAUGUACUUCCGCAACUUGUCACUGCAUACAUUUUCCCACGUGUUGCUGUUAUUGGAGCCAAACCAGUGAAAAGUUUCAGCCCAGCAUCUUUGGAGCUUUCGGGAUGUUUGACUGCCUACACAUAUCAGUUUUUCGAAACAAUCACUGAAGAGCGAGCACUGCGCAUAAUAGAUGAAGAGGCAACAUUGCCUGAUUCACGAUUUAAUCAGAUUUGUUCCGAACUAAUACAAGUUCUGUCUGGAGAGAAGUUGGUCGAGCAAAGCACCACUGAAAAGGAUGAAUCGGCAUGUUUUAUUGCUAUUACCAGGACUGUUACUCUGGAUGAUCUAUCAUCGCCAGAACAAGAUGAAUUACGCGAUUCGUUCCAAACAUUCGAAAUGCAUUCGCCAAAACACUUUUUCGCUGCAGGCAAUCAACGAUUUACAUUUGAAGAUAAAGUCAAACCAACUAAUGUCAAGCCAGGAACUUCUCUUUGA